GCCUCCGGAAGUGUAGUAUGUAGUGUGGCGAUAUCCCGGUCUCCUCGUGUGUGCUUACAGCGGCACGGCCCCGGAGCUGGAGGUGCUGCUGCCGCGCCGGUCAGGAGUCCAAACAUGGCAACACUGGAAGAAAGCUUCCCCCGAGGGGGUACAAGAAAGAAAUCAGAUCACAAAUCAGAGAAAUCUUUCCCGCAGUCAGUUGAACAAGACAACUUAUUUGAUAUUUCUACUGAAGAAGAAUCCACCAAAAGGAAAAAGAGCCAGAAAGGGCCAGCAAAAACCAAAAAGUUGAAAAGUGAAGAGAGAGAAAGCAGCAAGUCUGUAAGAGAGAAGUUUGAAAUCCUUAGUGUUGAGUCCCUGUGUGAGGGAAUGCGGAUUUUGGGUUGUGUGAAAGAGGUGAAUGAACUGGAGCUGGUGAUCAGUCUUCCCAACGGCCUCCAGGGAUUUGUGCAAGUGACUGAAAUCUGUGAUGCCUAUACUGAAAAACUAAAUGAGCAGAUGACACAAGAAGAGCCUCUGAAGGACCUACUCCGCUUGCCUGAACUCUUCGCACCUGGAAUGCUGGUGAGAUGUGUGGUGAGAAGUCUGGCUAUCACGGAGAAGGGCAAAAAGAGUGUCAAGCUAUCUCUGAAUCCCAAAAAUGUCAACAAAGUGCUGAGUGCUGAGGCCCUGAAGCCUGGCAUGCUCCUCACAGGCACUGUCUCCAGCCUGGAAGACCAUGGCUACCUCGUAGACAUUGGUGUUGGUGGGACCAGAGCUUUUCUGCCACUGCAGAAAGCCCAGGAGUACAUCCGACAGAGGAACAAAGGUGCUAACCUGAAGGUGGGUCAGUACCUGCACUGCAUCAUUGAAGAGGUGAAAGGCGAUGGAGGCGUUGUCAGUCUGUCUGUGGGCCACUCGGAGGUUUCUGCUGCCAUUGCUUCUGAGGAGCAAAACUGGACCCUCAAUAACCUGUUGCCGGGACUGGUGGUCAAAGCCCAGGUGCAGAAGGUGACUCGGUUUGGCCUUACACUAAAUUUCCUCAAAUUCUUCACGGGCCUGGUUGACUUUAUGCACCUGGAUCCCAAGAAAGUUGGCACAUAUUUCUCAAACCAAGCAGUAAGAGCCUGCAUCCUCUGUGUACAUCCUCGCACCAAAGUUGUCCGCCUGAGCCUGCGCCCCAUCUUCCUGCAGCCUGGUCGACCCCUCACGCGACUCUCUUGCCAGCACCUUGGAGCUGUGCUGGAUGAUGUUCCUGUUCAGGGCUUUUUCAUCAAGGCUGGGGCCACCUUCACCCUGAAGAAUGGGGUUCUGGCCUAUGCCCGGCUCAGCCAUCUCUCUGAUUCCAAGAAAGUCUUCAAACCUGAGGCCUUCAAGCCAGGGAACACUCACAAGUGCAGGAUCAUUGACUACAGCCCAUUGGAUGAACUGGUUUUGCUCUCUCUGCGGACGUCUAUUAUUGAAGCUCAGUACUUUAGAUAUCAUGACAUCAAACCUGGGGCAGUAAUAAAGGGCACAGUGCUGACCAUAAAGCCAUAUGGGAUACUGUUGAAGGUGGGUGAGCGAAUACGGGGCCUGGUACCCCCCAGUCACCUGGCCGACAUCCUCGUGAAGAAUCCAGAGAAGAAGUAUCACAUUGGGGAAGAGCUGAAGUGCCGGGUAUUACUUUGUGACCCUGAAGCCAAGAAGCUGAUAAUGACCCUGAAGAAAACCCUGGUUGAAUCCAAGCUCCCUCCCAUUACCUGCUAUGCUGAUGCCCAGCCUGGUCUGCAGACACAUGGCGUCAUCAUCAGGGUCAAGGACUACGGCUGCAUUGUAAAGUUCUACAAUGAUGUGCAGGGACUGGUGCCGAAGCAUGAGCUCAGUGCCCAGUAUAUUCCUGACCCCGGGAGCGUGUUUUACACUGGCCAGGUGGUGAAGGUGGUGGUGUUGAACAGUGAGCCAUCCAAAGAGAGGAUGCUUCUAUCCUUUAAGCUGUUGAGCGAUGGAGAACCGAAGAAAGAACACGCUGGACAGGGUCAGAAGAAAGGACAAGGCGUUACUGUUGGGCAGUUGGUGGAUGUGAAGGUUUUAGAGAAGACCAAAGAUGGGCUGGAGGUGGCCAUCUUGCCCCACAACAUUCCUGCUUUCCUCCCCACGCCUUAUCUGUCGGACCACGUCGCCAAUGGCCCAUUGUUGUAUCACUGGCUCCAGGCAGGAGACAUCCUUCACCGUGUCCUGUGUCUGAGUCAGAGCGAGAAACACCUUUUCCUUUGCAGGAAACCAGCCUUGGUGUCCACGGUAGAAGGUGGCCAGGAUCCCAAGAACUUCUCAGAAAUUCAUCCUGGAAUGCUGCUCAUUGGCUUUGUGAAGAGCAUCAAGGACUAUGGCGUGUUUGUCCAGUUUCCCUCAGGUCUCAGUGGACUGGCCCCUAAAGCUAUCAUGAGUGACAAAUUUGUGACCUCCCCAAGUGACCACUUUGUCGAGGGGCAGACAGUAGUUGCCAAGGUGACCAACGUGGACGAGGAGAAGCAGCGGAUGCUACUGUCACUGCGGCUGUCGGACUGCAUGCUGGGUGAUGUGGCCAGCACCAGCCUCCUCCUCCUGAGCCAGUGCCUGGAGGAACUGCAAGGCGUACGCAGCCUCAUGAGCAACCGAGACUCUGUGUUGAUCCAGACACUGGCCAAGAUGACCCCGGGAAUGGUCCUUGACCUCAUGGUGCAGGAGGUGUUGGAAGAUGGCUGUGUGCUGUUCAGUGGGGGCCCAGUGCCUGGCCUGGUCCUGAAAGCCAGCAAGUACCAUCGGGCAGGGCAGGAGGUGGAGUCAGGGCAGAAAAAGAAGGUUGUAAUCUUAAAUAUUGAUAUGUUGAAGUUGGAAGUGCAUGUUUCUCUUCUCCAGAACUUGGUGGAUAGAAAAGCUAAAAAGCUGAAGAAAGGCAGCGAAUACCAAGCAAUUGUGCAGCACUUGGAAGAGUCAUUUGCCAUAGCAUCCUUGGCAGAGACUGGCCACCUAGCAGCUUUCUCCCUGACCUCUCACCUCAAUGACACCUUCCGCUUUGAUUCAGAGAAAUUGCAGGUGGGACAGGGUGUCUCCUUAACUCUCAAGACCACAGAGCCGGGAGUGACUGGUUUUCUUUUGGCCGUUGAGGGUCCGGCUGCUAAGAGGACCAUGAGACAGGCCCGGAAGGACUCUGAGACGGUGGAUGAGGAUGAGGAGGUGGAUCCAGCUCUUGCCGUAGGGCCUAUAAAGAAGCAUGCCCUGUCCAUCGGGGACAAGGUCACCGGGACUGUCAAGUCUGUGAAGCCUACUCAUGUGGUUGUGACUCUGGAAGAUGGCAUCAUCGGCUGUAUCCAUGCCUCCCAAAUUCUAGAUGAUGUUCCAGUGGGUACCUCUCCAACUACCAAGCUGAAAGUUGGGAAGACAGUCACUGCCCGAGUGAUUGGUGGGCGAGACGUGAAGACUUUCAAGUUUCUUCCGAUAAGCCACCCCAGAUUUAUUCGAACAAUCCCGGAGCUGAGUGUUCGGCCAAGUGAGCUGGAAAAGGAUGGCCAUACUGCUCUCAAUACUUACUCUGUUAGCCCUGUGGAGAAGAUCAGACAGUACCAGGCUGGUCAGACCGUGACUUGCUUCUUAAAGAAGUACAAUGUGGUUAAGAAAUGGCUUGAGGUAGAAAUUGCACCGGACAUCCGAGGGAGAAUUCCCUUGUUGCUCACCUCUCUCAGCUUCAAGGUUCUGAAAUGUCCAGAUAAGAAGUUCCGGGUCGGCCAAGCCCUGAAGGCCACUGUAGUUGGCCCAGUUUCCUCCAAGGCCUUCUUGUGUCUCUCACUCAUAGGUCCUCACAGGCUUGAGAAAGGGGAAGUGGCCAUGGGCCGAGUGGUGGAAGUUACUCCCAACAAAGGGCUGACUGUCUCCUUCCCCUUUGGGAAGAAGGGAAGAGUCAGUAUAUUUCAUGUGAGUGACUCCUACUCUGAGACACCCCUGCAAGACUUCGUCCCCCAGAAGAUUGUCAGGUGUUACGUCCUGUCCACUGAAGAGCAAAUGUUGACUUUGUCACUGCGGUCAUCCAGAACAAACCCAGAGACGAAAAGCAAAGUAGAAGAUCCAGAGAUUGACUCCAUCCAGGACAUUAAGGAAGGGCAGCUCCUGAGGGGCUAUGUGAGGUCGGUCCAGCCCAAUGGCGUGCUCUUCGGCCUGGGUCCCUCAGUUACUGGUUUGGCCGACUACCCACACGUCUCCCAGUACAGCCCAUCUGAGAAAGACCUUUACAACAAAUACCUUCCCGAAGGGAAGCUGCUCACUGCCAAGGUCCUGAGGCUGAACCACCGGCAGGACCUGGUCGAGCUAUCGUUCCUCCCCUGCGACACUGGGAAGCCUGACGUGUUCCCUGCCUCCUUGGAGCUGCCCCUGCUGAAGCAAGGGGAGAGAAAGAGAGAGGCCAAAGAGAAAAGCCAAAAAGGAGAAGAGAAGGAGAAGAACAGUCAGAAAACGAAAAAGAAGAAGUCGAAGGGGCAGGAGGAAGUACAGUUGCCCGGCAAGGAGACGAGAGAGCCCCAACGGCCUCCGGGGAAGAGGCAGGGCAAGCGGGCACGCCAGGAGUCAGGCAGUGAGCAGGAAAGAGAGGACAAGAAGCCCAGGAAGGCCGGCCCGCCAGAGGAGGACGACAGUGGCGUGGAGGUCUAUUACCGGGAAGGAGAAGAGGAGAUCGAGGAGGUGGAUGUGCUGCCCAAGAAGCUGACCAAACCUGCAGAAGCGCCCCGGCUACAGCUGUCUUCAGGCUUUGUUUGGAAUGUGGGGCUCGACUCUCUGACCCCGGCCUUGCCCCCUCGAGGAGAGAGCUCAGACAGCGAGGAAGACGAGAAGCCACACCCAGCCACGAAAAAGAAGAGCAAGAAGGAAAGAGAGUUGGAGAAGCAGAAGGCAGAGAAAGAGCUGUCCCGCAUCGAGGAGGCGCUGAUGGAUCCUGGGCGGCAGCCGGAGUCAGCAGAUGAGUUUGACCGACUCGUGCUGAGCUCCCCCAACAGCUCCAUCCUGUGGCUGCAGUACAUGGCUUUCCACCUGCAGGCCACGGAGAUCGAGAAGGCCCGGGCCGUGGCUGAGAGGGCCCUUAAGACCAUCUCCUUCAGAGAGGAGCAGGAGAAGCUGAAUGUGUGGGUGGCUCUGCUGAACCUGGAGAACAUGUACGGCUCUCAGGAGUCCCUGGGCAAGGUCUUCGAGCGGGCUGUGCAGUACAACGAGCCGCUCAAGGUCUUUCUCCACCUGGCUGACAUCUACACCAAGUCAGAGAAAUUCCAGGAAGCUGCCGAACUGUACAACCGCAUGCUGAAGCGUUUCCGGCAGGAAAAGGCCGUCUGGAUCAAAUAUGGUGCCUUUCUCCUGCGGAGGAGCCAGGCGGGGGCCAGCCACCGCGUGCUGCAGCGAGCCCUCGAGUGCCUGCCUGCCAAGGAGCACGUGGAUGUGAUUGUCAAGUUUGCCCAGCUGGAGUUCCAGCUGGGGGACGCAGAGCGUGCCAAAGCCAUUUUCGAGAACACACUGAGCACCUACCCGAAGCGCACAGACGUCUGGUCGGUCUACAUCGACAUGACCAUCAAGCACGGCAGCCAGAAGGAAGUCCGGGACAUCUUCGAGCGUGUCAUUCAUCUGAGCCUGGCCCCCAAGAGAAUGAAAUUCUUCUUCAAGCGCUACCUGGACUACGAGAAGCAACACGGCACGGAGAAGGAUGUGCAGGCAGUCAAGGCGAAGGCCCUGGAGUACGUGGAGGCCAGGAGCUCGGUGCUGGAGGACUAGUGGAGGCUCGCUCCGCACAGGCGGCCCCAGGCAGCCCCGGGCUGGGCCAGCCCACCGCAGGCACCAGGCCGGAGCAGAGCUCUGCCGCCUAAAGACUCGUUCUAACCGCUGCUUUUUCUGCAGCACCCUUGGUGUCAUCCUGUCAGGAUAAAAGGAAUUUUAGAUUUUUAA